UAGUUUGUCUGUCUUCCUCUUCUGUUUUUUUUUAUACCUGGUGUCUAUUUUUCAUUUUGUGUUUUAAGGUUUUCUUUACCUCUAUUUACUUUUUUUAUUUUUUUCUUCUAACAGAUCUUUCAGAUUUCAGAGAAAAACCUAAAAUUUUCCGAUUGUGAUUUAAGGUUUUCUAUACACUAUGUCGCUACAAUUUUCCAGAUUUCAGAGAAAAACCUAAAUUUUCCCGAUUGUGAAUUAAGGUUUUCUAUACACCAUGUCGCUACAAUUUUCCAGAUUUCAGAGGAAAAACCUAAAUUUUUCCGAAUAAUUUCUUGAUGUUUCAGAUCUUAUGUAUUUGGGAAAGAUCUUUCAGAUUUCAGAGAAAAACAAAUUUUUCAAUAAGUUUUCUUUACACUAUUUCUCGUAUGUCGCUACAAUUUUUUCAGAAUAAAACCUAAAUUUUUCCAAAAAAUUUCUUGAUGUAUCAGAUCUGGUUGUGUUCUAAGGUUGAAGAAAUUAAAAGCUACCGACUCAAUCCCUAUGCUUAUGAAUGGAACAAAACACACAGUGCAAAACAGUUACAAGUAUAUAUAAAGAUUUAGCAAAUGGUGAGGAAACUAAUAGUGAGAAUGAUCAUGUUUCUAUUGCACGAAGAAUUAUCGCAAGGAGGGCAUUUCGGAAGAGAUGAUUCAGGGACAAUUCAGCUCUAUAGUGAAAAGGAAAAGACUUGUAGAUCAACAGUUUGAGCAAUUGAAGGCACAUGUUGAUGUGGGUGAUAUACUAGGUGCAAAAGGAACAGAAAAACGCACAAAAAAAAAAAGGUAUGUAGAUAUGAUUGCAAAUCCAGAGGUAGCUGAUGUAUUCCGCAAAAGAGCAAAGGUUGUAUCAGGGAUACGAAGGACAAUAGAUUCUUUAGGUUAUGUUGAGGUAGAAUCUCCAGUUUUGCAGGGAGCAGCUGAGGGAGCAGAGGCCAGACCAUUUGUCACAUAUCAUAAUUCUCUCGGAAGGGACUUAUAUUUGAGAAUUGCAACUGAAUUGCACCUAAAGAGAACGCUGGUGGAUGGGUUUGAAAAAGUAUUCGAGAUUGGUCGAAUAUUUAGGAAUGAAGAAAUUUCAACUUGUCAUAAUCCUGAAUUUACAACUAUAGAGGUGUUUUUUGAUUUAGCCCAUCUUUGUCUUCAGCAUUGACCUUUUCAGGCGCAAUAGGAGAUCCUCCUGUUGCAAUAGCAGCAUGCUCUGGUUCAGUUUCAAUCUUUGGAUUUUCAGGUGAUGAAUUACCUGCUGGUACUGUGCAACAAUAAUUAAAUCUCAAUGCAUCGAUAUGCAAUCUUAAAUGUUCGUCAAAGAUUUGUGGGAUACCUUCUACAGUAUCAACUUUUUGGUCCUCAUGCUCAAUAUGUCCUGUUGCCACAGUAAUUGUAAAUCAAAAUGAAACAAUAUACAAUGUUAAUCAAGUACUGAAUUUAGUAACUUUACCCUCUUCAGUAGCAGCUACAUCUUUAACCUUGGGUGUUGGAUCAUCUUGAGGUUCAAUAGCAGCAUUUUCAGGUGAUGCAUUACCUGCAGGUACUGUGCAACAAUAAUUAAAUCACAUUGCAUCGA